GACGCCCUUUCUGCGGCGACUCCGGCUCCCCGCCCACAGGCACCUGCCCGCUGCUUGGCUUUGCCUGGGGGCCGGGGGCGCGCGUGACUUCUGUCUGCGGGUGUGGAGGGUGUGUCCGCAGCCGAGGCUGCGAAGGGGGACGUCAGGGUCUCGGGGCUACUGCCCGUGCUUUCUCUUAGUCGUCGCAAACGCUGUCCGUCUGGGAGACGCCCCGUGGCCAGCGUGAUGAGUGCCAACGAGGACCAGGAGAUGGAACUAGAAGCAUUACGUUCUAUUUACGAAGGAGAUGAAAGUUUCCGAGAAUUAAGUCCAGUUUCAUUUCAAUACAGGAUAGGUGAAAAUGGUGAUCCCAAAGCCUUCUUAAUAGAGAUUUCCUGGACAGAAACAUAUCCUCAGACACCUCCGAUUAUAUCUAUGAACGCUUUUUUUAACAAUACCAUAUCAUCAGCUGUAAAGCAGAGUAUAUUAGCCAAGUUACAGGAAGCAGUUGAAGUUAAUCUUGGAACUGCUAUGACCUAUACAUUAUUUGAAUAUGCCAAGGACAAUAAGGAACGGUUCAUGGAGAAUCACCAUCCCAUUAAUUCUACAACAUCCAUAAGCAAUAUCAUCUCAGUUGAAACUCCUAAUAUAGGCCCAUCAAGUAAGAAAAAAGACAAAAAAGAGCAACUUUCAAAAGCCCAGAAACGUAAGCUUGCAGAUAAAACAGAUCACAAAGGGGAACUUCCUCGAGGCUGGAACUGGGUUGAUGUGGUGAAGUUAAGCAAAACUGGAUCUAAAGAUGAUGAAUAACACUUGGAAUUUGAGACAAGGAGAGAGCAUCCUUUAAAAAAGUAAAUGGGGUUCAAAAUAUUUCAUUACUUUUUUCUGGUAUUGAGGUGGCUUUUUAUAAAACACUUUUUUGUAUGUUUCUUACAUUAAAAAUGUCAUAAGCUAAAAGUUCAUGAAGAGAUAUGGUUGUAUUAUCUUCACAAACUUGCCUUAAUCAAAGGUGAAAAUGUUACUGUUUAGUAUACUUUGCAAAGGCCGUCUAGCAUUGUAAAUGGACAAAUACGGGGAAUAGUAUAUAAUCAGUAUUAAUUUAUAUGAUCUUAUUAUAGUGGAUGGUGAUAAAGGAGUCUGAAGCCCUUUUCAAACCCUCAUCCCAGUGGAGCAGAAUAACUGAGUGAACUAUUCUUUGGCAGCAUGAUCCAUAUUGAUAGCCUUCUUAUCUUAAAUAAAGUCUUGAUUUCUUCUUUCUCUUAAUUACUGAAGCAUAAAUUGCUUCAAAGAAAUUUAAAUACCAGUAUUUGGGCUUUAUACAUAUAUACUCUUUGUAGUUCCUUUUUAUUUUUUGAGGGUGAACUUCUUCUCUUUAAUAAAUGAAUAUCUGUUUAUGCUUUUCUGUUGGUUUCGGUCAAGAUAUAUAAUCAUGAGAGCUUUCAAUGGUAUGUGGAAUAGGAGAAUAUAUUUAAAAAAAAAAAAACCUGCCAAAUACAUUAGAAAGCAUUUUAAAUAGAAGUGCUGACUCUUAUUUGAAACAUUUCUCUUUACUGCAUAUACCAUGAUGGAGUAAAAGAUGCCUUAAUAUUUAAUUUUUUUAUUGUUGGAAACAAUGAUUUUAAUAAAUUCCUAUUUAUUGGCUAUUGUUUGUUCUUAGCCGUUUGAUAAUUGAGGUCUUCUAAAUGGUUUAAGAUAAAACACAUUCAAGUUUUGUUUCUUUUCAGAGUGUCUUUUCAAGUACACAAACAUAUUUCUCAACCUGAGCAUCUUUGUCAUAAUAGACAUAAAGUCUUUCAAAUGCUGAACUGUAGUACAUGCUUGAUUUUUAAAAAUAAUUAAUAAACUAUUGAUGUAGUUUUAAUGUAUCAGGAAAAGUCAUUGAUGUUUGUGUGCAGUGUAUACAGUGUUUCUGUAUAUAUCUCUCAGCUUUAAAAACACUUACAAUUAAUGUUGUGGUAUCAGGAAGGGUAAAAAUGUUCCUCAGUUUAUACCUGUGAAGCUUGGAUCUGACUGUUUAAAGAAUGAUUGAUUUCUAAGGAAGUUACCUUAGCAUAAGAGAUUUUUGAGUUGUAUGCAUGGUUUUUACUGGAUUAAUAACAUUGGCUUCAGUUAAAUCUUUGUAAUUAUAAAGUAAGUAUAAUAACAGUGAAGGAAUUUAAUAUCAUUUGCAGAAGCUGAAUCACAUUUUAUUUCUUGAAUUAAUAUGAUAGAAAUAUUAAAAUUCAGGACCACUGGAAUAUGCCAACUUUUGUUUUGGAGUUGUGUGUUUGUAAUGUUUUUGUUGUUGUGUGGAUUUGUUUGCUAUUUUGUUUUCUAAAGAAACCAAAACUGCUAGAUCUGCUAGUGAAGAUUCUGGAAUUGUUUAGACUUAGUGUGGUUCAUCGAUUACAAAGAAUGCUAGUUAAAUGCUGAUGAACUAGUUUUACUCUUUUUAUGUGAUGUAUAGAAAUUUCUGGGGUUGGUGGUGGGCAGUGGUGCCUCUCGUUACCUUAUGUAAAACACUUGAACGUUCUCAUCAAUAUUACCAUCAUCUGUUUAACACGCCCCGAAUAUUUUCUCAGAGUCUGUUUAUUCAAAAUUGUGUGGAAUGACAAAAUUAAUAAGCAAUAAACUCAGAAUUGCACACAA